AGCACCAAGUAGCUCUUCAAUCCCUUGUACACGUCUGUACUCGAUCAUCUCUUAAUCCUUGUCAAAAUGCAGUUCUUCAAGCUUUCUGUUAUUGCCGCCAUCACAACCCUUGCGGCUGCCACGCCAUCUCCUCAGCUCGGUGGUCUACCAUCUCUGCCUGUUUGCUUGACAGGAGGAACUCUCACAGGAGUACUCCCGGCUGGCUUGAACCUUGUUUCCUGCGCCAGUGGCGAGACAUGUGAACCCAUGAGCACUGUCCUCACUGCUGUCCCUAUCCUUGGAUCCAUCCUCGGUGGAGUCGUCGAUGAGCUGCCUGUUGGAGUCGGCUGGGGCCUUAGGCUUGGGUGGCUUGGGCUUGGGCGGCUUGGGCUUGUAAAGCUCACCAGCAAUUGUGGAAGAGGAGUGAUGGAACUAUUCGGAAUGUAG